AUUCCCUCCUGCCACCUCCUCCGGCUUCCUACUCGUCCUGUCCACCGGAACUAAUGGAGACGGUGGACUCUCGUACAUGGACCACUUCUGCACACCAUCCACGAUAGGCCCGUCCUUUUCCUAAAAAAGAAAGCUGCCUGAAUGGAAGGAUGGCCCGGUGGUUUCGCUUCUUCCAUCUAUCUACUACUUCUUCUUCGCCUUUGCGUAGGCCGAGGACAUCCGCCGAUUAUCUAGAUUAUCUUCCCCUCAUCCCCUCCUGGGUCAAUGCGAUACAUACACUCGUCACUUUGGUUCAAUCAACACCACCGCCACCAUCACACCCAUGUUCUCACAACGCCAGCCAGAUGAGAUACACGCCCCCCCCCCCCCACCAGCGUCCUUCUACCGAUACCCCUAUCCUUUCAUUAGGCGUCCAUCUCACAAGCCAGCUUCAACACUUGGUCAGCCACGGAUCCAGACAGCUUGACCAGGUCAACCUGGUGAUGCUGCAGUUUUUAGUAGAACCAAGCAGGUUGGCGAGGCCAAUGAGGGGCCCUAGACAUCCCGAUGAUCGCGAGGCAGCUUACAACAUGAAACGGACGUCGCCAGCUGCAAUCUCGGGCCUUGGCAGUCCAGAGAUGAAGUAAAAAGCAAACCUCGAGGGACCAUGGAUCCGGAUCUUUGCUGUUUACGUGGGUGCCAGGUUCACUUUUCCUCCCAAUGAAAUAGCCUGAUG